UUUUAUGGUGAAGGUAGAAAAGGUCAAAUAAAUAUUUAAUGAGACAGACGACCGAACCAGAAGAAUAAGCUGAACGAAUGAGAUAAAGUUACACUAUACAGUAUACAGAAAGAAGCUGAAGGAUACCUUUAAUGAGAAUAUGGAAACCAAUGGACUAGAUUCGUCAUGCGAGAACAUUGGCAUUAAUUCAGUGAAUCAGGACAACAGUGAAACAGACGAUGAUGAUAGAUUUGAUAUGUAUAUUACAUCAUGUAAUGCUGAGACACCAGAAAGUUUAGAUAACUCUGACACUGGUUGUGUGUUUAAUUCUCGUAUACAACAAACUAGGUCUGCAGAUUUUUUAUCUACAAAAAUGUUAAACAGUCCAGAAGUGAAUCAUUUUAAAAACAGUUAUAAAACUAAAAAUCAGUUUUCUAGUUUAUCAAAACUUUUAUACAAUAAAAUAAAAAAGCAAUCAAAAGCUGUAUCAGGAAUUUGUAAUCUGACCACAUCUGAAUUACCUCCCUUACCAAUUUCAUUAGUUAUGACUCAUCCUGCAUUUGAAUUCAUGGAAAUAAGACUGCCUUUACUACACACUUUCACCAACUCAACAAGGAGUACUACUCAUACUGUUAUAGAUGAACAUGGCCUUUUAGAAGGUCAGCAAUUAAGAUAUAAAGAACCAUUGUCCGAAAUAGAUGUUAUAAUUAGUCCAGCAAAUGAAAUUUUACUAGAGGAGUUGAAACAUAGCCUUCCUAGUGAGGACUUUCAGCUUAAAAUAAGACAACAUUGUAAUCAGAAUGAUCUUAUCAUUAAGGAAAAAGUUGAAAAUUUACAUGAAAUGGCGGAGAAAGAGUGCUUGCUACUAUUUGCCCCUGACAGUAUUAAACAGGAUAUAAUAUUUCAGAAUCAAGAUGCUGUUGACAAUUUAAUGAAGGAAGGAAAUGACUUUAGUGGAUUAAAUUGUUAUACCCUACCUCCUGGGAAGCUUUUGAUUGGUCGAUCUUCAAGUGGAGAAUGGUUGGUUAGUUGUCCACAGCAAAAUAAAACUAUUAAAUUCAAACGCACCAAAAUACCAAAAUGGCGAAGAAAAGAAAAUUUACCUCAAGAAAAACCCUAUUCAGAUAGUGUUAAAAAUAUAAAUAAAGAGAAAACUAAAGCUGCAUCGAGCACUAAGUCAAAAUCUCCUCAGAAAGACACAGUAUCAAGUAGUUACUUUUCUAUUGAAAAUUCUAGUAGUACGGUGAAAGAGAAUCCUCCUUGUUUUAAAGAAACAAUAGUGAAAGAAAGUACAGAUAUGACACAGAAUUACCCACCAACAAUAGGACACAAAAACCAAACUGACACAAUUGAUACCACUAUUCAACCAAUACCAGUAAUGAUAAUGUGUAACGAAGAAGAGUCACUGAAAGUUAUACAGGUACCAGUUAAAACAGAGAACCAGCUGGUGGAGGAAAAUAACAGUUACCACUCAAAUACAUGUCAAAUUUUUGAAAGUGAAGGUACAAUUAAAGUGAAAGAAGAACCAGUUGAUACAGUUUAUGAUACAGGUCAGACAAGUGCAUCUGGUAAAGAUAUACAAAAUGUGAAUUCUGCGCUGAUUGUAAGAUUUCCCAAUUUGAAACAGUUUGGCGGCCUUGAAAUCAAACAUACAUCAAGCAGCAAAGAAUCUAAAGUUGGCCAGAAAAGAAAGUCAACAGAAGAUGACCUUCGGUCAAACAAGAAAUGUAUUUCAUUGAACCCUGUUAGUGUUCCUUUACAAACAGAUCUGGUUACAGACAACAGUUCCUACUCAAUAGAAAAAGUUUCUACAAGUAUGUUAGAGGACAACUACUCUGAUUCUGAAGAAGAGGAUUCAGAGACGAGUAGAAGUGGACAGGAAUCCUCUGGUAUUAGAUUUCCUGUAAUGAAUGAUGGGGAAAUAGAUGCUUUGAUUGAUAUUGAAACAACAAGAGGAACAAAGAGACAAACAAGAUGGGGAGUUAGUACAUUUAAGGAAUGGUUGAAACAAAGGGAGUUUGAUCCAAACUUUGAAAAUUUAUCCAUAAAAGUUCUUGAUGAGAGACUUGAAAAAUUUUAUGCUGAAUUAAGAACAGCUGAUGGAAAAUUAUAUGCAACAAACUCAUUCAGAGGCAUUAGAGCUUCCAUUAAUCGACAUCUGACUACUGACCCUUAUAAUAAGUCGUUAUCCCUAUUCACUGAUCCAGCCUUUCAUAAAUCAAACAAGGUUUUCAAGGCUAUGAUGCGGAAAAUAAAAAUGGAAGUUGUGAAGAAAGAACAACCACCACCAAUUUCAGGAGAAGACAUGAAAAAGUUAACAAGAUCACCAGUUUUAACUAUUAAUACUCCAAAAGGAUUGCAAAACAAAGUGUGGCUUGAUUUGACUCUUAAUUUUACGUACAAAAAUUGUCUAAAACAACGUGAUUACAGAACUCAUAUGUUUGUUUUUAAGACUGAUGAUGAGGGUAUGGAAUAUGUAGAAAUAAAGGAUCCUAAUAGACAACCUGGUGAAGUCAGUCCAAAAAUGGUUGCAACAAGAAACAUAUAUUGUCCAGUUGCCUCAUUGAUGAAAUAUUUAACAAAGCGUAACAAAGCUUCAGAAGACUUCUUCCAACAACCUAGGUGUCAAAAAUCUAUGACUGAUGACAAUUGGUACACAUCACGUCCCUAAGGGGAAAGACAACUUGCAAAAAUGAUGGAGAAUAUCUCAAAAGAAGCAGGACUGAGUCGUGUUUAUUCAAAUGUAGGGCUAAAGGAAACUAUACUAAAUUCUUUACUUUAUAUGCCUAUGAAUUCUGAAAAAGUACAGAAGUUCUUAGUACAGUCUACACCUUUAUUUAUAUUUAAUUCAAGUGACACAAAUUUUAAAUAGUCUGUAUGAAUAAUUUGUGAUUAUUUAUAGUAAUAUCAUUCCUUAAAAAAAGUAUUUUUGUGAAUGCAAGAGUUUUCAUGCUAAACAUAAGUAUCAGAAAAAAGGAAGUAUGGACUUUAUCAGAAAAGGGCUCAUACUUAACAACUCAUCACUGCAAAGCUGCUGACGAAAUACGACAGCCUCCGAUCAUUCUGUUUGAUAGUAGUGGAAAAAAGUGGGAUGAAAAAUGUUGAAGUUCAUUCAGCAUAUUAAAAUAUUAACAUUAAACUAUUCAAUCACAUCUUUUAUUUGGAGGUUCCCUUCACUAUAUAUAUAUAAAUAUAUACAUCUUCCUC